CUAGUCGGGAUUCUACCUGCACGCCGUGCAGUUGUCAAAUUCGUCUGCGAUUUGUCAUCGAAACAAAGAUAGCAUAGGUUGCGUCGCGCCGACUGUCGUAGUAGUAUUUUUUUACUGAUUAAUGAAUAUUCUACAGUAAAAACAUUGUGCCGCAAGUAAAUUCGCUGCUUAAAUGCACGUGAAAAAAUUAACUCUCAUCCUCCUCGCGAUAAGACUGAUCAAAUGAUAACGGUGUCGCCUGCUACUGCCUCGAACUCAAGUGUGCAAGAUAAAUAGCAAAACUACGUUACCAAGGAAUAAUCUAGACCAAACUAGUCGAAGAAAAAUCAAACGGCUCAACAAUGACAGUUAUGGAAUUCUUUGGCUGCGCUUUCCUCGCCUUUGGACCACCUCUAGCGAUGUUUACCUUCACAGUAGCUGUGGAACCAAUCAGAAUAAUAAUCCUUAUAGCUAGUGCAUUCUUUUGGCUCAUAGCUCUACUCUUGUCAUCUGCAUUAUGGUAUGCAGUAGUUCCUCUACAAGAUGAGCUUGCUUUUGGUCUGGUUUUUUCGGUGCUCUUCCAGGAGGCCUUUCGAUACCUUCUCUAUUGGGUGCUGAGAAAGGCUGAACGAGGUCUGGAGAAAGUAACGACAGCACAUGUCGCCGACAGCAGGCAUGUUUUUGCCUAUGUUUGCGGUCUAGGCUUUGGAGUUAUGAGCGGAGCCUUUGCCCUGGUCAAUGUUCUGGCAGAUGCCAUUGGUCCAGGCACAAUGGGUUUGCGACGUGGAACAGAGUAUUUCUUCAUAAUCUCAGCAGCGACUACUCUCUGCUUCAUUCUACUACACACAUUCUGGGGUGUGAUAUUCUUUGCUGCAUUGGAUAGGCGGAGCAAAGGACACCUUGGAUGGGUUGUGGGAUCACACUUAUUUGUCUCCUGCAUGACACUGGUUAAUAGAUCAGAGAUUUAUGCUGUCAGUCUCAUCUCUGCUCAUUCCGUCCUAGCUGUCACUGCCGUUUUAGCAUUCAGAAUUGUGGGAGGAAAGGCAGCAAACAUACCACAAUGCUUUGUUAGGAAAUGAGAAAUUUGAAGAAUUUUAGUGCCGGAAAUAUGAGAGACAGAAGCAUCUUAUCGGCCAAAGAUUAAAUCACAUCAUAAAGAGAUUAUGGGCGCAAUCUAAAAUAUGGCAGCGUUCUUCAACAUAGAAAUUGAGCUUACUAUUUUAAUACUUAGAUUUUUUAUAUGUUAAGUCUGUCAAAGUUAAAGGUUGAGUGAAAAUAAGACUCAAAAAGCCAAGCAACUGUAAAUUAUACGAAUAAUAGAUGCUGGCUGAAUGUGGAAGAGGCGAAAAACCUCGUUUAAGAUUCUAUUGUUAAUAGUUGUUGUUUCAAUUGAUAGAAAAAUCGGUUGAGGAAAUACUAUUGUAACACCCCACAUUAUUUUUGGCUCAUCUCUGUUUGUACUCAACAAUGAUGUUUGCUUCUAUGCUCAACUACAACAUAUGCGAAAACUUUUUUCCUGUAUUAAGAGAUAAAUUUAUCUCACAAAUGCUUCACAUGUAAAAAAUGUACUACUCCUCAAAUGAGAUAUCUUCUUCGCAGAAUUUCCAACGUCAGCUGAAUAUUUGAACACUUCUGUGGACUCAAAUUCCUUGACGGUGGUAUUUAGUAAACUGUGCAGAAUAUUUGAGCUGUUAGGAUGGCCUCGAUACAUUGUAACUGUCUUAAGAUGUUUCACCCUGACAACAGUUGUAUUAAAUUUGAUAAGUGAACAAUAAUUAUCUAUUGAAAGGAUGCUCCUAUACGUUGAAGAACAGUCGCACCAUUACCUAACGCCUUAGUUUUAAUCCUAGAAUAUAGUGUUUCUAAAUGAAUUAUCAAAAAAUGAUGACAUAUUUUGAGGACUUGUUGAUUACUUUUCGUUUGAAAAGUAUACGUUGACGAAUGUUAUUUAGGUAGAAUAUGAAACUAAAAACAUGAAAGAUCACAACCAUAAGUUUUGCACUUUGUUUCAUGCCUCACUUGCUGAUUGAUUAUUAAAAAUUACUGUACUUCAUUUUACAUUUCGUAUGUCAUUCAAAUAAAUACUUUUUUAUAUUAAUAACGUA